AUGGCGAAACGCAGGGAAUGGAUGGACGAAUUGAGACCUCUUCAAGAAGACAUUGUUGAAAAGCAUUCAAGAAAGAAACCUAAAAUACAAAUAUUAAGAAAUGAACUAUACCUACAAGGGAAUUUGGAAGAGGACAUGACUAGUAGCAAAGAAUUGACUCCAACUUUUCGAAACACCCACGAAACAUGUAUUACAAAACACGCUAAAUUAGAUUUUACUGUAACCGUCCAGAAUGAAGAUGUUUUGGAUAAAAGUAUUCCACAUUUAACAGCUUGUAAAGCCUACUUUUCAGUUGAGAAUGAUGGUAAGCAAAUCAAAACCCAAUGUCUCUAUUCUAUCCCAGAAUUAGGUGGUGAUGUUGAGAGCAAUAUGGAACAGCCUCAAAGUAAAUCACCAGCUACUGAGAAGAGAGCUAUGAUCGAAAGCAACGUAAAAUUGAUGGACCCUGAAAGUCUACCCUCCGGUCUUAGAACAUGUGCAGCAGUAGAGAGCCACGUGCAAACGCAACUUCAAGGUCCAUCUCCAGUUGCUACUCAAAGUAACGUGCUACAGUUUCGGCGUCUAUCUCUAGUACCUUCAACGAGUUUUGCGAUUGAGAGUGACGUAGUGCAGGUAUCAUCUUCAAGCUAUUCUCUGAUUCCUGGCAUAAGUACUGCUACAAAUGGCGUUGUGCAGAUGCAAUUUAUUCCUGACAACAGUUCUACAAUUGAGAGCAAUAUAGUGCCAUUAGGAUCUCCAAGUCUAUCAAUAUUCCCUAGAACGAGUGACAGCAACCUGGUACAGAUACAGUUUCGAAGCAGUUUACCAUCCCCUGAAACAAACAAAAUACAGAUAACAGAGGAUAGAGGUACCAGAAGGAUAAAUCCUAAAAGAUGCAAGAAAAAACUAAAUUUCGAUAAAUGUUAUCUUGAUUGUGUGGACGAUGUGGAUACGUUAUUAUUAAAUGAAGCAUUUGUAUCAGAUGACUCAACAGAUUGGAGUGAAGAGGAAGAGUCAUCUGACGAGAUGGAAGAUGGAGAUCAACACACUAAAACUGCAAAAAGAAAUAAGAACAAGCAAGGCAAACAUAAAGACAAAAAUAAAACAAAAGCGUUGAUUAAAAAAGAAAAUGAAGAAGAAAAGGAAAAAGGGAAGUGCAAUUGAGCAGCCUUAAUAGUGCAAUGCCGAAAUCAAAUUUAUAUUUGACUAAGUUACCAAUAUCCCAACAAAAAUAUAAUGACUUAAAAAAAUUAGUAGAGAAAAAAGUGAUUCCAAAUAUUUACGCCAAAGAAUAUUUAGGUUUUAAGUACAGCUGUAAAGCAAAUGACUGUUUACCUGAAACCGAUGAAGAUGACUGAAAAAAAAAUGUGAAUGAUUCGCGAUAGCAUAAUUUUAAUAUCAAUGGUUUAUUUACUUUUCCUUAAAUAUGCUUUUGAUUGAACACAAUGUCUUCAUGUUAAGUUUCAAUUAUAAUUGUAUUUUGUUAUAUCUUUCGUUCUAUAAAAUGAGGCAAAUUGGCACUAAGUUUCUGUUUUUUAGUUUUAAAUAAACAUUGUUUGAUUGGA